AUGUCGGCGUCAUCAAAGCUGAAACGGGUGGUUCCAACGCUUUCACAAGCAAAAAUGAGGCGAGGAAGCGCAAUUGAAGGAAUCAGCGUCAGCUUUCCAUCCAAGGAAAAUAGGCGCAGCAGCAUUGCAGUGGCUACUGGUCAAGCAAAAAAUUUUGCCAAUAAAGCUGCGAAUAAAGCAGCUGGGACUUUGCACGGCGCUAAAAGGUCAAUAUGGGAUGCACCGGAAAGGAUUACUGAAGGAUUGAAAGGGGCCGCCGACAAGACUGCGGAGAAGAUGACAUGGGCAGGUUUGUCAUCAUGUUUUCUUUCUUGA